AUGGCGUCCUUCACCUACGCCAAUGGAGAUGAGCCAGGUGAGUUCUCUGAGGGCAUCUUCAUCACGCUUGUGGUCCUCAGUCAGAUUGGGCUUUUUGUGUGCAGCUCCAUAGCCUCGAAGAUGGCUGGCUUCCACUCGGAGGACCAGGUCCACCAGUCGUACACCGUGUUCUACAAUGCAGCCUUGAUCCUGAACUUGGCACUGGACAUCACGCUCCAGGCCUACCUGAGUUACCUGCAGAUGGUUGGUGUGGGCGUCCACACUGCAGACGGGCAGCUGCUGGGGUCGAUGACCGACUUUCAGGACAUCUUUGAGUCGUAUCCCAUGCAGAAGUCUUUGGGGAAGCUUCUCUUCAAGUACUGCUGGCCGUGUACGUUCUUCGUGCCUUUCCUGUUUGAGCCGGUCGUUGCGCAAGUCCUCCCCCGGCACAUUGCCAGGCUCCUGGUGGGUGCCAACCCACGCAUUCGCGGCGAGAUGGCAGAAAAGGCCUUUGAGCUGUCGGAGAUGGAGCCGGGUCGAUAUGCUGACCUCAUCUUCAACGUGAUCCUGGUGACUUGCAUCCCAUUUGUGUCGCCGGCCUACAUGGCGUUGACUUUCAGUGCGCUCAUUGUCUCCCAUAUCUACCUCUACAUCUACGACCGAGCAUCCCGGCUACCUUGGCACCAGCGCUUCCAAAAACGGCAGCCUUCCAUGCCACAAACAGAACCCUGCCCGUGGCUUGCCAAUUCAUCCCGCAGGAUACUUCCUGUGUCACUGUGA